CCACCCACGCUUGGUCACACGGUCUGCACGAGCUCAAACGUUAUUCAUUCAGGCUUUAAAAAAUGUGUAGCGUAAUUUCUCGAAAUAUUUUUGGUGCAAGACGACUUUUAUACAAAUCGUCCUAUGCAUACACGUGUAAGGUACUAGAGAUUUCAUCGAUCAUCUCAAGAAGAACUUACUCUAGUGAUAACCCAAGCAAAAAUGAUUUAUCUGGAGAAAAUGAAAUUGAGAGAGAAGAGGAUAACCUCUCACCGGCUGUCAGGUCGAGUUUCAAACCCUUUCGAGAACAGGAUGCCCCGGUGAUCUUUGACGUCGAUGAGGAGAAGAAGAAGCUCGACCUUGAAACCUUCAAUGCCAUGCAGGAUGUCCAGGAUCCUUACGAGGGACUCAAUAUGAACCGCGGUAUUGAUGGAGUUUUUGAGAUUGAGGACCUCGUGGAUCUACUGAGGAAGGACAAAGCUCAAAAUAUAUUUGUUGCGACCGUGCCAAAAGAAUGGAGCUACGUGAAUUACCUGGUGAUAGUUACUGGGAGAUCUGUAAGACACAUGAGUGCUCUUGCGACCUUUGUCAGGAAGGCGUACAAAUUAAAAAGGAAUGAUAGUGAUAUCAUUCCAAAAGUUGAAGGGGCCAAUUCAAAGGAUUGGAUCGCCCUAGAUUUAGGAAACAUCGCACUCCACAUAUUUUCAAAACCUGCAAGAAACCUUUACGACUUGGAAACACUCUGGGCAGUGGGAGCAGAAUAUGAUAACCAAUUGCACCAGGAAGGUACAGAGGAGGACUUCGAGAACAGAUACAUGAAAUUUUUGGAGGGACUACAACCAGCUGACGAGCCCGAAUCUCUCCCCAACCAGUAUCAAGUAUCUUAAUCAUGAAAUCGUUGUAAAUAGGAUUUUAAAAUAUAUCAGACAGAAAUUGA